AUGUCUUCGGAGAAGAUAGAGUCGUUUCUGAGUCAAUUAUCCAAUACAGACCUAUCUAAACUGCCUGAGCUUAUUCAGUCUAUCACUGAAUGUCCAGGUUUGUUCGUCUUUGGGGAGUUUCUUGAUCAUCCAAAAAUUAAAUCGAUUGAGAAUGGGGAAUAUUCUCAGUAUUAUAACUUAAUGAACUUAUUCUGCUACGGCACGUUUGAAUUACUUUCUAACAAUCGGUUUGCAUAUCCUGAUUUACGACCGACCCAAGUUCGGAAGCUAAAGCAGCUCUCAAUAAUUGAUGAAGCACAUAACCAGAAACACAUACCUUAUGAUCUUUUGUUUAAGAAGCUCGACAUUACGUCUUCAAGAGAACUUGAAGACCUUGUUAUUGAACUUUUUUACCUUGAAGCUAUAACAGGAAAACUUGACCAACAGAAAGCGUUGUUAGAGGUAAACUCUGCCAUUGGACGUGAUAUACGUAUAGAACAGAUAGAUGAACUGCAUCAAAAGCUGGAUUCAUGGAACGUGCGAGUCGAGUCUGUAUUGGCUCAUAUAGCUAAUGAAAUAAAGUUGGUCAAUGAUCGGCGAUAUGAAUCAGAGUUACAUCAGAAGGAAAUUUUAGAAGCGUCAUUGUCUAUCAAAGAGGCCUUGCGUGGCCAAAUGGCAAAAACAGACGCUCAAAGUUUACGGAUGGAUAUGGACGACAUACUUAUUCAUCCAGAUUUAUUAGAAAGUCGUGUAGAAGCAACUCGUCAAAGUUCAAGCAAUACUGAAAGUGUUGGCGAUCGUGAUGUUCGCAGUCGAAUAACUGUUUUUAAAAAUCUCCGACAUGGCAAAUCUUCCAAACAACAGUAA